UCUUUCUCUCACAAGUUUCAAUAGUGUAGUGCAUUUUGGAGCCACCGCCUUUUCAUUUCCCCCCAAUUUCUCAACUCUUCAACCCUAAUUUCCCUAAACUUUCCCCCUCUUUUCCUCAAAAACCGUAUACACAGAGUUUGAUCGCCAAUUGUCGGUCGAUUGCUUUGUCUCUCGCGUCUCCUCCGUUUUUUCACUCAAAAUUUCUGUCUUGUCACUGUGAUCUCAGAGUUGAUGAAGGAAAAUUUGCGGACUUCUCGACGGAGUUGAUGGACGGUCAUAGAUAUGCCUCAACUGCGUAGUGGAGUGCGCAGAGGCCGCCGAACCGCUGCCCCGGAUAAGGGAAAGACCGCAAGUAAAAAGGCAACUGGAAGAGCUGCUGGAAAACGAACAGUAGGGAAGAUAAAUAAGAACGUCGACGGUGGUAAUAAGGAUAAAGAGGUCUUGGCGGUCGGUGAUGGUGAUAGUGGAGAAAGAAAUGAUGAUGCUGCUCUGAGGAAAACUGCGUCGUUUAAGAUUGAGGAUAAUAAUAACAGGUUAAAGGAGGUAAAAGAAGAGGUAGCCGAAAAGAAGAUGGACGAGUGUGAUAGUGGUGGGCGCGGAAGCGAUAAGGGUUUGGGGGCUGAGGAUGAGGGAAGCACUGCUCCUGUUCCUGAAAGGGUACAGGUUGGUGGUUCUCCGACAUAUCGAGUUGAGAGGAAACUGGGGAAAGGUGGAUUUGGACAAGUAUAUGUAGGUCGACGAAUCAAUCCCUCAAAUCCGAAUGAAAGAGCAGGUCCAGGAGCUGUAGAGGUUGCGUUGAAAUUUGAGCACCGAAACAGCAAAGGCUGUAAUUAUGGACCACCUUAUGAAUGGCAAGUAUACAGUGCACUUGGUGGCAGUCAUGGCAUACCACGUGUACAUUUCAAAGGACGUCAAAGUGACUACUAUAUUAUGGUUAUGGAUAUACUUGGUCCAAGUCUAUGGGAUGUCUGGAACACUAAUUCCCACACAAUGUCGAUAGAAAUGGUGGCAUGUAUUGCCAUUGAAGCCAUCUCCAUUUUAGAGAAGUUGCACUCUAGAGGAUAUGUGCAUGGGGAUGUAAAGCCGGAAAACUUUUUGCUUGGGCCACCUGGAACACCUGAUGAGAAAAAACUAUUUCUGGUUGAUCUUGGAUUGGCUACCCGCUGGAGUGAUGCUUCUACUGGACUUCAUGUUGAUUAUGAUCAACGACCGGAUGUAUUCAGAGGCACUAUGCGCUAUGCUAGUGUGCAUGCUCAUCUUGGAAGAACUGGUAGCCGUAGAGAUGAUUUAGAGUCCCUGGCGUACACCCUCGUUUUUCUUCUCCGUGGCCGGCUUCCUUGGCAAGGGUAUCAGGGUGAGAAUAAAGGCUUCCUUGUGUGCAAAAAGAAGAUGGCAACUUCUCCAGAAGCUCUUUGUUGCUUCUGUCCUGCACCUUUUAGACAGUUCGUUGAGUAUGUUGUUAACUUAAAGUUUGAUGAGGAGCCUAAUUAUGCGAAAUAUAUAUCCCUCUUUGAUGGAAUAGUUGGUCCAAAUCCAGACAUCAGGCCAAUCAAUACUGAAGGUGCCCAGAAGCUCAUAUAUCAAGUGGGACAAAAGAGAGCACGACUUAUGAUGGACGAUGAUGAUGAUGACGAGCAACGAAAGAAAAAGGUCCGCCUGGGGAUGCCUGCUGCACAGUGGAUUAGUGUGUAUAAUGCCCGAAGACCAAUGAAGCAAAGAUAUCACUACAAUGUUGCGGAUGUUAGACUGGCUCAGCAUAUUGAGAAAGGAAAUGAGGAUGGACUAUUUGUAAGCUGUGUGGCAUCUUGUUCAAAUCUAUGGGCGCUGAUUAUGGAUGCGGGGACUGGUUUUAGUUGUCAAGUUUAUGAACUGUCUCCUUAUUUCCUUCACAAGGAAUGGAUUAUGGAACAUUGGGAGAAGAACUAUUACAUCAGUGCAAUAGCAGGGGCUAACAAUGGGAGCUCAUUAGUGGUUAUGUCAAAGGGCACCCAGUAUCUGCAGCAGUCCUAUAAAGUUAGUGAAUCAUUUCCAUUUAAAUGGAUCAACAAAAAAUGGAGGGAGGGAUUCUGUGUUACAGCCAUGGCAACUGCAGGAACUAGAUGGGCAAUUGUUAUGUCACGUGGGGCAGGGUUUGCGGAUCAGGUUGUGGAGUUGGACUUUCUUUAUCCAAGCGAAGGCAUUCAUAAGAGGUGGGAUGCUGGCUACCGUAUCACAUCAACUGCAGCAACAUGGGAUCAAUCAGCCUUUGUUCUUAGCAUUCCCCGAAGAAAACCUUCAGAUGAGACACAGGAGACGCUUCGGACUUCUGCUUUCCCCAGUGUACAUGUUAAGGAAAAAUGGGCAAAAAAUCUGUACAUUGCGUCUGUGUGCUAUGGGAGAACUGUAUCUUGAAGGAUCAUUUUUUGUUGGGAAUCCUAGCAAGUUCACAGGGGCAUUAACCCCCUUCACUGAGCUAUAUUCGCACAUUCCAAUUUUUUCCCUAUUGGGGAUGGAAUCACAAGUUCUUCUCCAGCCAAACUGACUCAUUGUGCCUAUCAGGAGCUUGAUGUAUGCUUCCCCUUAGCAUCAACAUACAGAAUUAUAUGUAACACCUAGACUGCAAUCAUGUCUAAUUGUCUUUCCUAGUUUUAGAUCUCCAAUGGGUUUAGUUCAGUUAUUGGUUAAAUUUUGUAUAGCAUCAUGCGGUAAUUAAUUGAAGGCAGAGUGCAGCUGCUGUAUUAUGAUUGUGAUUGUAUUAUGAAACAUACAAUCCGGUUUUGCAACGGAGACUGGGUGUUGUCAGUUAAAUGCCCGUUUCUUAUAAGGCUUGUUCAAAUUAUUUACCGAA